AUGCGGAGACGCUAUGGGGAGAACCUAUCUACAGAUUCAAGUAUCACGGCUUUAAAGAAGGUUUCGAUCAUUACAGGACGAGCCUCUGGUAUGGGUCUUUCGACAAACCACAUCCUCGACCUCAAUCCCUCCACCGAUAACUCUGUCGCCUCCUCUCUCAAUCCCACGUUCCACGAGUGUAACGCAACAGACGAGGCAGCACUGGCUCAGAUAUUCGAACCCAUCUUCUUCGAAUCCAGUAGGCUAGACUUUCUCUUCGCAAACGCCGGGAUAGCUGAACGCGCAAAUUUAUACCACCAGCAAGAAGAAGGCGAAGAUGAACAGCUAUUACCCAUCGAGGGCAUGCAUACCCUCGUCGAUGUCAACCUCAAGAGUGUCAUCAUAACAACAUACCUUACGCUACACUACAUGCGCAAGCCCCCUAGCGACACAGAUAAAAGCAUCGUCAUGACAGCCUCUUGUGGCGGCCUGUACCCAUCGUACUAUAGCCCCAUAUAUGCAGCCACAAAGCAUGCCACGGUAGGCUUCAUGCGCUCCAUCGCACCCUUCUUCUACCACAAAGCUGGCAUUCGGGUCAACGCCAUCUGUCCCGGUGUGGUCAAGACGAACCUCCUGUCGAGCCAGGAAUGGGCUAAUUUCCCAGAAGAGUAUUUCACGCCUGUAGAAAGGAUUGCGGAGGUGGUGUGUAUUUUUGUCGAUGGCAAGGACUAUAGGCACACUAGAUGGGCUGUUGAUAUUUCUGGGGGACAUCAUUAUUAUCGCGAGAUGGUGCCGUAUGCUGAUGAGGCUAUGAAGGCCUUGAUGGGCUCGACCAACAUCAAAGUGCUGGACAACGUGCAACCAGCAUAA